AGAUUACAAGUGUGAUUACAUUUGACAAAAUUAAAAAAAGAGCCCAAAGCCUAAACCCAAGUAUGUUCUGGUAACAGCCCAAAUUCAAAUCCCAGCCAAGUCAAUAGAAGUCCAGGUCCAACCCAACUAAAAUUCAUACCAGUCAACUUGGCCCAACCGGCCGAACCACAUACCCAAGAACCAAACCGGUCGAAUCGAACUGGUCCGACCCGAACCAGCCCAUGGCUGACCUAAUUUUUUUCUAUAAAAAGAGCCUCUUGCUCUUUGUUUUGAGGGGCGGCACAUCUUGUCAGCUCUCCACUUCCCCUUUCCUGAUCCACAGAGCAAAAAGCUGGCAAAAACAUAAUUGAUCUUCUUCUUUUCAUCCUCUGAUACGAGAAAACCCAGCCACUUUCUUCUUCCUCUUUUCUUUCGUUUUUGUUUACAACACAGACAGAUUGAGAGAUAGAACUGAAACACAAGACUCUUUUCUUUCCUUUUUCCGACGGAGAGAGACUGACGGGGAUAUCAAUAGGGGAAAACAUAAGAAAUAGGGAUUUCAUCUUUCUUUGCUUCUGGUACAAAAAACACACGCAGAAGGAAGUUGACAGAAGCAGACGGCAGAAAGAAGCUAAAAGCCAUCAACAACAGACCACUCGUCAUAAAAACCAGAAAUCCAUCAGCUUCAACCUUCUUCCUAUCAUCUUCUUUCAGGCAAAUCUCCUCUGAUUUUUCCUAUCCAUGGCGUCGUUUUCUCUUGCCUCCAAGCUCCCCUUACUUCGCUCCGACCAUCCGGACGGCUUACUCGGAAGUCGGCCGUUUUCUGCUACUGCGAAGGCAAUUUAUAGUGGUCCUUCUUCCAAGUUCUUCAACUUGAACCGCGAGGUCAACUUUGGUUCUUUCACAUCUUACUGCGACGCGCGAUUCUUCGCGAGCAAUGUUCCAUGCGCCACCGCAGAGAUAGUAGUGGAUAGCGCGACAGAAAAGGGGGAAGGGAGUGGGGGGAGGGUUCUCAGAGUUGGAUUGGUAUGCGGAGGUCCAUCUGCAGAGCGUGGGAUUUCUCUCAACUCUGUUAGAUCAGUUCUUGAUCACAUACAGGGAGAUGAUCUGCAAGUGAAUUGCUACUAUAUUGACUGUGAACUCAAUGCGUUUGCUAUAGCCCCUGCCCAGGUAUACUCAAACACACCAGCCGAUUUCGACUUUAAGCUUGAAAGCCUUGCCCAGCGUUUUCCGUCUCUGUCUGAAUUCGCAGAGCACCUUGCUGCAACUGUUGACAUAGUAUUCCCAGUUAUUCAUGGUCAGUUUGGCGAAGAUGGUGGCAUACAGGAAUUGCUGGAGAAAUACAAUAUUCCUUUUGUUGGCACAGGAUCAAGUGAGUGUCGUCGUGCAUUCGACAAGUAUGAAGCCUCCUUGGAACUCAGAAAACAAGGGUUUGUUACGGUACCAAACAUUUUAGUUCAGGGAAGUGAUCCCAAAGAAUCUGAAGUAGCUAAAUGGUUCACAAGCAACCAGCUGGACACCAAAUCAGGGAAAGUAGUGGUGAAGCCAGUCAGAGCAGGAUCAAGCAUUGGUGUUACAGUUGCUUAUGGCAUUGCCGAUGCAUUGAAGAAGGCAAAGGAUAUCAAAUUAGAGGGUAUUGACGAGCAAGUCAUAGUAGAAAUAUUUCUCGAAGGAGGAAGUGAAUUCACUGCCAUUAUCCUUGAUGUGGGCUCCGGAACUGAUUGUCAACCUAUUGUUCUAAUCCCAUCUGAGGUGGAGCUUCAUUUUAAUGAAGACGAUGCAAUCUUCAAUUACAGAAGGAAGUACCUUCCAACUCGACAGGUAGCUUAUCACACUCCCCCUCGUUUUCCCAUUGAGGUAACAAGAACUAUCCGUGAGGGAGCAUCUUGGCUUUUUAGACAUCUUGGCCUUCGUGAUUUUGCUCGAAUUGAUGGCUGGUUUCUGCCAUCAUCCACAAACUCAUUCUUUGGCACAUCAGAUGGGAAGUUUGGAAGGUCUGAUAUGGGAACAGUACUGUUUACAGACAUUAAUCUGAUUAGUGGAAUGGAGCAGACAAGUUUCUUAUUUCAGCAAGCUUCAAAGGUUGGAUUCUCUCAUUCGAACAUCUUGAGGAGCAUCGUUCACCAUGCAUGCUCAAGGUUUCCCAAUCUUGAAUCAUACGUCGAUAUUUCCAGUCAUUUGCCAAGAAGAUCAAAUUCCAAACUGCUCACUGAAGACUCGGACCAAAACAAAGGCAUUCGUAAAGUUUUUGUCAUUUUUGGAGGAAAUUCAUCAGAGCGUCAAGUGUCUGUAAUAAGUGGAACAAACGUUUGGCUUAACUUGCAAGGCUUUGAUGAUCUUGAAGUUAUUCCUUGCCUGCUUGCACCCUCAGAUGGCCGGUCUUCUAAUGCUGGAUCACGGACAGUUUGGUCAUUGCCUUAUUCUCUUGUCCUCAGACACACCGUAGAAGAAGUUCUUCAUGCUUGCACUGAAGCAACUGACCCAUCUAGGGCUUCAUUAACAUCUCAGUUGCGCAAGCAAGUGAUGGGUGAUUUGACGGAAGGACUUGAGAAGCACCGCUGGUUUAAUGGGUUUGAUAUUACUGAUGAAAAACCUGUAAAGUUCUCGCUUCAGGAUUGGAUUAAGCAUGCCAAAGAAGUGCAAGCAACGGUAUUCCUUACAGCUUGUAAUGCACAAUUCCUAGUUCACGGAGACAUUGGUGAAGAUGGUACACUUCAAUCCUUGCUGCAAGCAGAAGGAGUUCCAUAUACAGGUCCUGGGAUACUGGCAUCAAAGAUUUGUAUGGAUAAAGUGGCUACAUCUUUGGCUGUUAGUCAUCUUUCCGAUGUUGGAGUUCUCACCAUAAACAAAGACGUGAGAACAAAAGAAGAAUUACUGAAGAAUCCCUCACUGAAGAUUUGGAAUGAGCUGACCUCAAAGCUUCAGUGUGGAACAUUGUGUGUCAAACCAGCAAGAGAUGGAUGCUCAACUGGCGUGGCAAGAAUCCGUUGUUCUGAGGACCUUGCAGUUUAUGUAGCAGCAUUGGAAGAAUGUCUCCCACGGAUCCCACCCAACAGUUUUUCAAAUGCACACGGACCGAUUGAAAUGCCAAAUCCUCCUCCAGAGAAGUUGAUCUUUGAGCCAUUUAUCGAGACGGAUGAAAUCAUUGUCUCUUCUAAGUCCGCAGACGGGCUAUUGUGGGAGGGAGAGAGCCGAUGGGUGGAAAUAACAGUUGGUGUAGUGGGGAAACGUGGUUGCAUGCAGUCACUUUCUCCGAGCAUUACUGUCAAGGAAGGUGGUGAUAUUUUAUCACUGGAAGAGAAGUUUCAGGGUGGAACCGGCAUUAAUCUUACUCCUCCACCACCAUCGAUUGUCAGUGAGGAAGCAUUGGAGAAAUGUAAGCAGCGCAUUGAGCUGGUAGCAAACACACUGGAGUUGGAGGGGUUUUCCAGAAUUGAUGCCUUUCUUAACGUUGACAGUGGAGAGGUGUUGGUUAUAGAGGUGAACACUGUGCCUGGAAUGACUCCUUCCACUGUAUUGAUUCAUCAGGCAUUGGCAGAGCAGCCUCCGGUGUACCCUCAUCUGUUCUUCCGUAGGUUGCUCGAUUUGGCAUCCGAUAGAACCAUUUAGGUGCAUUCAAAUAGCUUCCUGGUGGACUUGGUUGGCCUACGGAUGACAAAAGAGAAGGGACAUUCGUGCGUGCCUUUUGUAGCCUAGUCGUGGCGAUUUGUUGGAUGUUUGUUGCAUUUGGACCAUCGUGAUUUCCUGCAAUAAAGUGUUGUUCAUUUGUCAAAGCUUUUUUUUCCUUACCUCAUUAAGAGGUCGUUUGCUUGUUGGAUAUGAAAAGUGAGGGUUUUGGCUCAAAAAAACCUUUGGAUUUAUGAAGGAUUUGUACUAUCGUGGAUUUGAAGAGUCUAUUGUUUGCAUGAUAGAUUUGAUGAUAUAAUUAUGAUGGAUUUGCUAUAAAUAUAACUAGCCAUCAAGGAUUUACAAAUCCCACCCCAAUAUGUGGGAUUUAAAAGUCAGUGGGGUCCACGGCAAACAAUGGACUUGGCUAAAAUCCAUCAUGCUUGGGAUUUGAGUCCCAAAUCCAUGACCCAAAGCCAU